AUGAGCCUCGUCACCGAGGCCGAGCGUUUCGCUCGAGCGGAGCGGAGCGCUCUUGGGCGAGAAGCUCCCUCAACUUCGCAGCUGCUGGACUACGACGAGGACGAUGCGGAACGUGCGAGCUCGCCCUGGACCUCGAGGGCGAGGGCUGUGCUAACGCCCAGAGGGCAGACGGCUGUGCCGACGCCAAGGACGAAGCCAACGCGCACGACGGAGAGGUCCAUGACGCCGGAGAAGAUGCCGACGUCCAUCGAGGAGGAGCCGAUGCCCAGGGAGGUGGAGCAGGCGCGGCGACUUCGUCGUCAGAUCGCGCUGGCUACCAAGAUCGACGCCAUCAAGAAGGAGCUGACGCUGGCCAGGGCGGCGCAGGCUAUCUGGGCGAAGUGGGGCGUGCACCAUAUUGGCCUGGAGGAGGCGGGCUUCCACCUCCUCGGGAGCCCGCUCGCGGCGGAGUCCGACUUCCUCUCGCCAGCUUCUGAGACUGCGGACUUGUGGCUGGCGUGGCAGACGGGCGCCAUCCUGCCCGUCGGCUCCAUGAUCCUGCCCGCCAUCUCCAUGAUUGCGCGUGUUGGUAAUGGGCUUGGCGCUCGCCGGAACGUGCCCGCGCAAGCUGGGGCGCUGGUGCACGACGCCCUGGCCGACGCCACUCCUGGCACGGUGACGGACCUGGUGGACCAGGCGGCGGGUAUGCAUCUCCUGAGAGCUCGAGCUGGGGAUUGGUCUCUACUGGCGAAGCCGCUGGCCUGCCGGCAGGCCCCGCUGCGCAGCGAUGCCGUGCACCCGCCGCUGUCCGCGUGCGCGGGGCAGCUGAGCGAGCAGGUCCUGUGCCAGAAGGCGCGCAUCGCAGAGCUGGAGCUGCAGGCGGCCGCCCGUGCCGAGGCCGCCUCGGAGGCCGCCCGGCCCGGCGGGGAUGGCGGCGAGCCGAGCGAGGGCGAGUCCGAGGAGUCCGAGGAUCGGGAAAGCCCGCAGGAGCAGCUGCAGCGCAUCCUCUCGCAGGUCACUCCGUGCGCCGGCGCGUACCCCCUCGGCGUGGUGCAGUCGCAGAUCCCGCAGCGGGUGGAGGCGUUUGGGGGGAAUUGGGCCGACAUCAAGGGCCUCCGGCUCGCCGUGCGGCCUGCAAGCGACGACGACUGCGUGCUGGUCGUGGCGAACUGCCUGGCCACGCCGGAGUGCGGGCGGGACGAGUCACGGUGGGCCGUGCAGCGGGGUGGCAGCGUCGCCUCGUCCACAUUUGCUGUGUACAACAGGCAGGCCGAGUGCAUCUUGCGUCUCCCCGAUACAUCUGCAUGCCGUAUGUAG